GGUCAUGUGCCUCCCAAUGCGUCCUCCAUCAUCUUUUACGUCGCCGUGUGGGCCCUGCUGCAUCAGAUCGCCCCAAGACUUCCAAGACUGUGUUAUUCAUGGGUCCUCGAACACGUUCAAGCAGGCUAGGUGUACAAGAAAGAGAGGAAAGAUCAGCUCCCAUGCCGAAGUUCAUCGACUGCCGUCCAUCCACCUUUCAAAAAACCAAAGAAAUUGUUGCGUGCGGAGCCUUUCGCCGAAUAUGCCAUGGAACGCCAGAAGAGGAGAGAUGUUCUCAACAAAGUAAAAACAGCCAAGCGAUGUGGCAAUGCAGUAUCACGGUCAUGUGACAAAUCACACGCUUGUGCUGAGCCAAGAUACUCUCACUAUUGUGAACAAGACCGCGAAAUCUGUUCAUUUGAACUUGAAAGCGGGGCAUGGAGCCCUUUAUAAUUAUAGCUAGGAUGAGUGUGGAAUCAUACUGAGCAUUUAAUUUGAUCGAAGCCCAGUGCAUCGGAAGGUUCGAUUGAAUUCUCCGCGUCAAAUUGUAGGUAUCUCCUCUGAUGACUCCGUUCAAAAUCCACCAGAAAUUGCGUAGAAGCCGUGUAAACACGAGGGGGCGGCUCUGUGAGCGCUGCCACGCUGCGUUCAGUAUUCCGAUUCGUCAUUCACCUAUCAUGCUCAUUCUCUGAUUGGUUCAGGUCCAGUUCUCUCAGCAGAUGUGCC